CAGGGGGAGGCUUCCGGGAGAGCGGCACAGGCAACGGGUCGGCGGAGGCAAUAAAGCGCCGGACGCCGGGCCGACCAUGGACGCUUGACAACCUGCGGGCAGGCGCUGGGAGGCCGAGCCAGUGACUCAGAGGACGGCGAGGCGGCGCGGACAGGUAGGGGCUGAUCUCAAGGCCAGAGAAUGGCAGGUGAACAGAAACCCUCAAGUAAUCUCCUCGAACAGUUUAUUUUACUAGCCAAAGGUACCAGUGGCUCAGCCCUCACUGCUCUCAUCAGCCAAGUCUUGGAGGCUCCUGGAGUGUAUGUCUUUGGCGAACUGCUGGAGCUGGCCAAUGUGCAGGAGCUUGCCGAAGGAGCAAAUGCUGCUUAUUUGCAGCUGCUGAACCUGUUUGCCUAUGGAACAUAUCCGGAUUAUAUAGCCAACAAGGAGAGCCUGCCGGAACUGAGCACAGCUCAGCAGAACAAGCUGAAGCACCUCACCAUCGUGAGCUUAGCCUCAAGGAUGAAGUGUAUCCCCUACUCCGUGCUGCUGAAGGACCUGGAGAUGCGGAAUCUCCGGGAACUGGAAGACCUCAUCAUUGAGGCUGUCUACACUGACAUCAUCCAGGGCAAGCUGGACCAGCGGAACCAGCUGCUGGAAGUGGAUUUCUGCAUCGGCCGUGACAUUCGCAAGAAGGACAUCAACAACAUUGUCAAGACCUUGCAUGAAUGGUGUGAUGGCUGCGAAGCGGUUCUGUUAGGCAUCGAGCAGCAAGUCCUGAGAGCCAACCAGUGCAAAGAGAGCCACAGCCGGACUCAGCAGCAGGUAGAGACGGAGGUUACCAACAUCAAGAAGACGCUCAAAGCCACCGCCUCCUCCUCGGCUCAGGAGAUGGAGCAACAGCUGGCUGAACGGGAGUGUCCCCCCCAUGCUGAGCAGAGGCAGCCCACCAAGAAGAUGUCCAAAGUGAAAGGUCUGGUCUCCAGCCGCCACUAG